AUGAAAUUCACUACUGUUGCCACUGUUUUUGCUAUUUCCUCAUUAGCUGCCGCUAAAGGUGGUGAAAAAGAUCACGGUAAAGCUUCUACUGUCACCAAAUAUGUCACUGAAACUACCCACAGAUACGGUCGUUUUGACAAAACCAGUAGAUCUAAAAAGCCAAAGGAAACUGGUACUCACAGAUACGGUAAAUUCAACAAGACUCCACGUCCAGUUACCACAACUGUCUUGGUCAAAGAAAGCGACCUUCCAAAGAAAAGAGAUGCUGUUGUUGCUAGAGAUUCUAAAAACGCUUCUUCCAACUCUACCACCUCUAGUGGUAACAAUGGUGUCGCCACUGGUGUCAGCUUGGGUCUUGCUGGUGUCUUAGCUGUUGGUGCUGCUUUGGUCAUCUAA